AAGCCCAAUCCAAUUUUUCUUUUGACCAAAAAAUAGUUUUUGUCAAUUUUUUUUAAACCUAGACUCUCUCCCUCACCAAGAAAUUGCCUCCGCACCACUUCCAGUGACCCAGACUCCGGCUCUGCAUUCCGCUGUGGACCUUAUCUCCGGCGAGCUCUCCACUGUUCGUUGCGAAACUUAACUGUAUCUGUUUUGCAAUUUCAAUCAUGACUUUACUAGAACUCAUUAAGGAUGCUUCUGUCAACUCUAAAUCACUUGAUUUACAUUCGGAUUAUCCGGUUGCUCUCAAUCCAGAUCCUAUUUUUCCUAAUUUGAUGUCUGAACUUAAAGAUGAGUCUUCCUCAUACCCUAUUAAACCUGUUAUUGGAUGGCAAAUUUCACAAACUGAUAAAGAAAUUAUUGAUAUCAACAAAAAGUUUUUCGAAGAGCUUAAAACAAAGUUUAAGAGCAUCAAUAAUUUGGAAAAGGAUGAGUUUAUUGGUAGUUUGAUUUCCUAUCUUGAAAACAUUAGGGAGAAAGUUGGGUUUUCGAUUGAGAUCGGUGAUUCAUCUGGUAUUGCUUAUUGCAAGAUCUUGAUUGACAAACUUGGAUCUUUCGUGGGUAAAGAUGUUGCUGCCCUGGUUUUGGAUGGAUGUGUUUCUUUGGAAAUAUGGGAAUUAGUUGAAGCUUUGAUUGUUAAUGGUGUUAUUGGGAAUUCUUGUUAUUCAAACCUAGUUGCUAAGUUAGUCAAGAAAAAGAGGUCCGACUUGAUCUGUUUGUGUUGUAAGCAUGCUUUUGAUCUCGGUUCUUCAGAAAUAUUCGCCAUUUUGAGGUAUUUUCUUUCUCCGUCCAAAGAUGCUUGUAACUCUAUGGUAUCUGUAAAGAAGGAGUGGGAGAACCAAGCAACAUCGGCCAUUGAUAAAGCAAGUGAUGACAACCUUAAGCUGAAGAAUUCCCUUGUUGCAAAGGAAGCUUCCAUUUUGUUUAUGAUAGUGUAUGAUGGUUUCUCUGCAGCUGAACUUUGUUUGCAUUAUUUGAUUGCAUCACCAAACAUCAACAAUGCAAUGUUAUCCCCUGCAUUCAAUAAGUUGAAUGGAAAAGAGUUGUUGAAUUUGAUUCGCUAUUUAGCAAAGUGGUUGAAGAAAUAUGAGAGAUUCCCUCAAGCUGGUCCUUGUCCGAAAGCCUCAUCGUCUUUAGGUUUGAAGGCUUACAAUUGGAUUCCUAAACUUGAAGAUGUUGUAAAAUGUCUGGGUUUGGUGCUUGAUGAGAAUUUUUCUUCAUUGGUGUUACAUUCACAGUUUCAUGAAGAGUUGAGAUUAAUUGAAGGAUUGGUUAGUUGUUUAACAACUGAAGCCAAAAUUUGUAACAUGGUGAAUGUUGUAAUCGACAAACUAAAGAUCGAAGUAACAAGAGGAAGGGACAAGAUGAUCUGAACAUUCACUCAGUGUACUACUAAUUAUUCUAUUUCUGAAGACUUCGAAUUAAAGGAAGAGAAAAUAUCUACAUUGAGGUGGGUGAAAAUAUAUUGAUCUGAGCUUAAACUUAUUUUUGUGUUGUUGUGAGUAAGCUAGCUAGCUCUUUAUUUCUUUUAGCUUGGAAGUUUAUCAUGUACUUCAAUAGACCCCAACCGAUAAACUUGCCAUUUAUAUUCGUCGGUGAUGGGAGAGCUCAAUCAUGUGUAAUAGAAAAAAACAAAUUGAUGUUCUGGUGGUGGUUCUGAACUGCAUCUGUAACCAUUGCUGUUACAAUUUUGUUCACUAUGGCAAAAGUGUAUUCUUCA